UGACGUUCAACGGUGGUGGAUUGUUUGCUAAGUGACGACACUCGCGGUUAAAAUGUUUUGCUUAGUUCGGUUAAGGUAUUGACAGUUUGUAUAUUUUUAAACAGUGUAUACUGAGUAUCUUGCAACAGUGUUGUGAAGCGAAAGCCGAAGAAAAUAUCACAAGCUGUCAUUUCUGUCGAGCCUCAUUUGCUCAGGUGGAAGUCCUAUCUGUGAAGGCAAGACUCCUGACGCUGAUGCAUAAAGAUGGAUCCAUUGAAACGAGGAUCAGGGAAAUCCAUUACAACAUCUGUUCCAUCAUUUGCAAUUCGAUUUCAUGCCGAUGAUGAAGAAUUGGAAGAAAUCUAUCCUAGCGAAGAUGUGGAUGAUGAUUCAGAAAAGAAGGGGGAAGAGGAAAGCCAGUCAUUACCACCAUCAAGUACGGUAUCAGUUGCAACAACAACUGUUGCUUCUACUUCUGUUGCCACUACUGUCAGUAAUACUACAUCAGGUACUAUUACUGUUACCUCUAGUAGCACAGCUGCCUCCUCCAGAGAUCCAUCUCCUAUGAAAGAGUACCUGAAAGGCUUGGGAAAGAGAUCAACCAGUGUUGACGUUGGUGUUUUGGAUGCUUCGUCUGCAAGUGGCAGUGACACAUGGAGGAUUUUUCAUGAACUGAGGGGCAAGAUAACAAAGACUGUUGAAGAAAAAAUUAGUGAGAUGAAGAGUGAUAGGAGAUCAGGUUCCCUAUCAUUUAGUGACAUUGGUAGGAGUAGUAAACUGUUAGGAAAAAGUAAAGAGAAUUCUAGUAUAAGUGAUUCAGAAGACAUUUCUGAAGCCUCAGGGAAAACAAUGGAGCAGAAAGAUGGUGCUGCUAGGGCAGACCCAUCUCCAAAAAGGUCUUCAAUGGAGAAGUUAUCAAAGAAAGGUUCUAGUUCCAUUGAUGAGAAAGAUGAUCCAGAUGAAGACAGUAAAAGUACAACAGCUCAAGAUGAAGCUUCAGAAGAAGGUCCCGGUACACCUGUGCAGGGCGAGACUGACAGUUUGUCAGAACUGACAGUUCCACCGAAAAAGCUUUCUUUCCAUGCCAAAUUUAGGAGUAAUCUUUCUGGGCUAAGACAUCGACAGCAUUCGCGUAAACCUGCUAUUAUCAGCAGUAUUACAAUGUCAUCUCUUGCAUCUACCAAAGAAGAUGAAAAGACUGAAAACACUGUAGAGGAUGAUAUUGAGUCAGGUGUUGAGGCAUCUGAGGACAUUCAUGUACCAGAACCUGUAAUUGCUAAAGCAGAUCCUGGGAGAUUAGACUGCACGAAAUUUAUUCCGUCCAGCCAAAUGAAAAAGAAAGAACAUGUUUUUAAAUUUGUAGGUUGUCUCUCUUGGAAAUGGUAUAUAUUCAUUAUUUCCUAUUUCAUUUUCAAUUUAUAUGCUCCACUUCCAAAUUUCAUUUUGGGAUUUGUGAAUGGGUUACUUGUUAUGUACAUGAUGUUUUGUCUUAGUAAGUUGUUUAAUCAUAUGUUCGUACCUGACGGAGUUCAUUUGCCACGGAACCUUGAACCAGUUGUGAUUCCAGAUUAUUCAGCCAUGCCUAUAUUGGAAGUUCCACCGGUAAAGGAGUACCAGCCUCUCACAAAAUACGCAGGCUGGAUAAAUGAAUACCCAGGUGUUUAUGAUCCUUCAACUUACCACAUCUCAGAAACACAAACAGUAUAUGUUCGUUUGGAAGGUGAUACACUGCGCAUAUCACACCCAAGGGCUCGUAUCCCAAAGCGCGCCACGUGGAAUGAGCGACGGCACAGACUCCGUUUCAGCCACCAACGUAUAUACAGCAUUGCUGGUUGUGAAGUCAAGUUGCUUCCAGAAGGUCUUGCUCGAAAGAGGCUCUGGAGCAAGAAAUAUCCCAUCUGUAUAAUGUUGCAUCAAGCUGCUAGUAGUGCAGCGAGUGUCAUGAAGGAAUCUGUGGAAGAAAAUUCAGAAUUUGAGAGUGACUCAACAUUGUUUUUUGAUCCUAUAAAUGAAAAUUCUUCUUUAGAAGCAGUGGCAGAGUCUGAUAAAGUCUCAGCAACAGAGGAAGAUGAAGAACUGAGUGGUGAACUUAGUGAUGAUGACACAUUUUGUCAUAUUGAAAAGUCUACUAUCGACCACAAUUGUCUCUACUUGUUUGCACGAACUGACCGAGAGAAAGAAGAAUGGUUCAGACGAUUUGCUGGUGCUGCAAUAUUUGCGUCUAGUCCUGUUAAUCAUGAAGAGGAACCAGCUGUUGUAACAUCAACACAACCUCCUCCUUCACCUCCUCCACCUCCACCAACACCGAAAGUAGCAACUGGACAAACAUCAAGUGAUGCUGAAGUUACAGCACUUUUGAGUCAAGCUGCAUCAUCUGCCUUUAAAUCAGAGGGACAAUUAUCAACAAUUCCAUCAACUGCAUCUUUAUCUCCACAAACUUUGGAUCAACUCAAUUUUAAUGAUUAUACUCGCUUCAUGUCACAGUUUGACUUGGAGUUGUGUGAACCUGGAAGCAGCCGUUCCAUUGGACUGCAACAAAGUCUAUCAACUCACCAAGAAUCACAGCUAACACAUGAUGAGGUACCUGAAGCUGAAACAGAACAGGAUACUUUUAAAGAAAGUGAAAAAGAAUCCCAAGUCUCAGGAAGUGUGAUGUGGAUCAAUGCACUGAUUGGUAGAAUCCUGUUUGAUAUUCUUAGCAAUGAGUACUGGGUGUUAAAAAUCCAGGAACGUAUUCAGAGAAAACUCUCUGCCAUAAAGCUUCCUGUGUUUUUGGAAGAACUCCUUGUGUCGGAACUAGACGUGGGUGACACAAUUCCCCUCAUCCACCGAGCAUCUCUUCCUGUGCUCGAUGAACGUGGUCUCUGGAUGGAUCUGGAUGUUACUUACCAGGGACUGUUUUGUCUGACCUUGGAAACUAAAUUGAACCUUAUGAAGCUGAAGAAAAUUGGCAUCGAAUCAAAAUCAACAAUGAAAAGUGAAUAUUCAUUCACUGAAAAAAGGGGUUCACCAAUGUUUGACAGUGAUCUGGAUGACUCUGCAGAAUCAUCAGAGGAGGAAAGUGAAGUACACAAUAAAAGUACAUCUGAGGAAGAAACUGCAGCAUCACAAGGUGGAGGCACUGGCAAGAAGAUUCUGCGUAUGGUUAGCAGAAUAGCUGCUUCUCGCUACUUUCAGCAGGCUACAGAGUACAAAUAUAUUAAGAAAGCCAUGGAAGAGGUCUCCAACACAAGAUUGCUUCUUUCUGUGGAACUUAGAGGCUUGGUUGGUACUUUGACGCUGAAUAUUCCACCUCCACCUUCUGAUCGACUCUGGUAUGGAUUUAGAGAAAACCCAAAAAUUUGGCUAUCCGCUCGGCCAAAGUUUGGAGAAAGAAGAGUAAAUAUUACACAUGUAAUUGCAUGGAUUGAGAAGAAGCUGCUUGAAGAAUUUCAGAAAAAAUUUGUUCUUCCAAACAUGGAUGAUUUGGUAAUACCACCCAUGACUACUACUUUACCUUACCAGGAGCCACAAUCCAGAAAUAAGCCUCAGUAAAAGGUAGAGCAAGAGGAAUUUGGAAAUGAGCACUUCACAACAUGGACCUGUGGAUGGUUGUGUUGCAUACUGUUAAAAACAGCUUUUGAAAGCUUAGUUCCUGUUGUGGCCUACAGAAGGAGCAGCGUCUGAUUUAUAUUGAAGUGUGGAAGGGUUUUUUUCCAUUAAAUAUAAUACCACUGUGCUGCCAUUGCUAUUCUCUUUUAGAUAUUUGUGUUAAUAUGUGUUUUCAGCAGGCCGUAUUACUUGUAAUGUAUGCUGUGAAAUGGUCGCUCAGAUAGUUAUAUGCCUGAAUGAAAUUGCAAUUUGUGCUGUCAGAGUUUUGUUGUUAUUUCAGUAUGAAUAAUGCUGAUAAACCAACAGUGUGUACCUUGUCAUUCACGUCAUUAAUUUCAGUUUUCAAAUGCUAUGUUACCAACAACUAAUCCAUUCUGUCAUCUGCUUUGUGCCAAUACAGAGCUUCAGUUAGUACUGGCAGUUACUCUGAACUUUGAAAAUGGAUUCUUGAAUGUAGGAAGGACAAUAGCACCAGUUAAGUGCAGCACGAACAAAAAAUUAUAGUCAUUUGUUUUUAAAUUGCCCAAGCAGGACAAUCAUAAUUUACAUUGUGAUCUGCCACAUUAUUUAGAAAUAUGGUAUUACACUUUUCUAAUUAGUAUGUUGUUUAAGUGCAGGUCAGAUAUUUCAGAGAAUCAUCAGCUUUACAUUCCCAGGAAUUAAAUCUCACUGGCAAACAAUGUAAAACAUGUGGCAGAUAACAGAUAAUAAUUGUUAAAAAUUGAAAACUUGAGAGUAAAAGCUAGUAACUUUAAUGUCUGAAUGCUAAAGUAUAGGGACCCUUGUUAAAACUGAGCAGUUCAUUGUUAUAUUUUUAUACAAUAAUAUUUGCGAUGUUUGAUAAACGAACAUUAUAAAUUAUGAAUUGUAGGCUCGAAGUCGAUAAAACAGAUUUAUAUAGAUGCUUUCAGGGUGGAAGCAGUGGUAAUUUUAAGUUCCAUGUUUAUAAUGGUACUUAAGGCCAUAGACUUAUUUUUAAUGUAUUGUUGUUGAAAGCCUGAAGAGGCACAGACUGUUUUAAUUUAGAAUUUUCCUAGAAUUACAUUAUAAACAAAAGCAAACGAAAAAAAGUGGUGCUUAUUUGCAUUCAGGAAUUGUAAUGGUUACUGUUAUGUCAGUAAAUAUUGCUAAAUAUCAUAAACAUACUUAUAUGUGUCAGUGAAUUACACUUUAGUUACUAUCUCUCCCUGAUUUCAGAGGUGCAUUUCUUCAAACAUUUCUUUUGCAUCUCAUUUUUUAAAUAUUGUAAUUAACAUUCUGUAUGCUAUGAACCAAAGCGUUUCUGUUACACUUAAUAAAUAAGGGUAACAGUUUGCUAGAUCUUAUGCAGUGACUGAUGUCAAGGAAAUAAUAUCAUAGCAGUUUGCAUAAUGCAUGACAUGUGAUAAUUAAAUAAGAUAUCGUAUACUUGUCAUGAAUGUGAUAUGAGACUGUGCAGGUUGAUCCACUGAAUAUUAAUGAAUGGGAAGUAUUCAUUUUCUAGCAGCAAUUCGUUUUCCUGUGCUUGUCUUGAUUGUACUUAGAGAUUAAUAUAUAUUUUGAAUAUGUUUCCUGUUUGGGAAACUAAUAAAUAAAUUGUCUGUUGUAUGCAGUGUAGAUUUAAAUUUUUGGAAGUUUGUUGUUGCUGUACAUAGUUUAUCAUAUUGGUGUUUGAAAUGUUAUAUUUUCUGAAAGUUGUUUUUAUAUAAUUUUUGUGUUAUUGUUAGAGUUCUCAUAUUGUGCUCAAAUAAGGAUUUCACUUUUAGUUUUGAUUGUUGCACUAGUACUUAUUUCCUUUCUCAAGUUGUUCUGUUUGCAUGUUUGAAUUAGUGUUUCUUAUUACUCUGUCAAUAUUUCAUGUACUUGCAUUCAUGUGUUGCUAAAAUAUAAUUGUGUGUUUGUUACUGACCAAUAAGCAAGGAAAAUUUACAUCAUGUAAUAAUGUUUAGAAACUUUUAAUAACAAGAAAUUUAAAGGAAUUAUACAAUAUUUAUUCAUGCUCACCAUUAAUUGUCUUUUAUCAUGAAAAAUUAUUACAUUCCUAAAACAUGUUGAUAAAUUAUCAUUUCCAAAAAAUGAACUUAAUCUAUUAUCCUGUUAGUUCUUUUUGCUCAAGUUGACAUAAAAAUAAUGUAUUGAUGGACCUAGAAACUGAUUUGCUUGUUGGUUAUCCCUCUCUCUUGCCUUGACUAUUGAAUAUGUAUCUCAGUUUCUGUUGGGGCAUCAAAACUGAAGUAGAUUUCAGACAGUUCAUUGAAUGAACCAGCAUUUCAGAAAUACAAUAUCUUAAUUAUGUAUUUAUUGACUGCCCCUCUGUGCUUCAAAACUGUUAAGUUCCCAAGAGAUGCUUUUAGAAACUUAGGCACAUUUUAUUAUAAAUUUGGCUUAGUGAUGCUUUAUUUCUCAGUAUUCAUUUGUAUGUUACAUUACAGUCUUCUUUAUGUGGAUUUUAUGUCCAGUGACAUCUUAAAUUCCUUAUUGUGAGAAGCAGAACAGAUCAAGUGAAAUAACCUUUCUGUAAAUAUAUUGCAACUUAUGGCUGUAGUCCUGUAUCUCAAGGAAAACUAUUGAUUUCAGCUAGAACUCACAUUGACUCUGUUACAGAGAAAAUUGUCUUUCAAUAUAGUUAAUAUAUUGUUUUCCUUUUUUUUUUUGCUAGUCAGAUGAAUGAAUGAUAAUAUUUUGUGUUAAAAUUGAUUUGUAAUGUUUAGUAAUAAUAACAAUAAUUGUAUAUCUGCAUUUAGGUAACAAGCAGUUUUAUGUGCAAUUUCAGAUGUGCUGUUCUCUAUAGCUCUAUUUUUCAGAUUUACUUGUGAUAAGAAAACCAAAAACAAUUUUUAAAGAAUAUUUGUUAGAUUCUGCAUGAUUCUGUGCUGAUUAUGUAUUUAUGAUAAGAAAAAUGUAUUAUUUGUAUUUUUCUGCUAUAAAAAAUGAGUGUUCUC